AUGUCACAAAAAGUUGUUACUGUUUUCCCAGGUACAGGUAAACAAGGUAGUGCAGUUGUAAAUGCAUUGUUAAAAGAUGGAAGAUAUAAAGUACGUGCAUUAACUAGAACCCCAGAUUCCGAUACAGCCAAAGAUUUAGUUAAAAGAGGUUGUCAAGUUGUUAGAUGUGAUAUUAGCGACAGUCAAGAUGAAAUUGAAAAAACAUUUAAAGGAAGUGAUGCGGUAUUUUUAGUUACCAAUUUUUGGAGCUAUUGGGAAAAAGAAUUUGAAUAUGGCGCUAAAGCAGCCAACGCCGCAUUGGCCGCCGGUGUUAAACAUUUUGUUUUUAGUAGUCUCGCAUCCCCCAGUGUUAUUUCAAAUGGUGAAAUUAGUGUUCCACAUUACGAUCUCAAAUAUAAGAUUGAAGUAUAUGCCAGAGAACUUUCAAAGAAGCACCCAGAAUUUAUUACAUCAUUCAUUUACGCACCAUUCUAUAUGCAAAACUUUAACUCUUUUUUUAAACUCCAAAAAUGUGAUGAUGGAACCUACUCAUUAGAUAUGCCACUCGAUCCAAAUACUAAAUUCCCAAUAGAUUUAGGUGAUGUAGAAGAUAUUGGUCCAAUCUUUAUCGGCAUCAUUAACAACCCAACCAAAUAUAGUGGCAAAACUGUUGUUUACUCUGGUUCUGCCUUAACUGGUGAUCAAAUUGCUCAAUUUCUUUCAAAAUAUACCAAAGUACCUGUCAAAUUUAACUAUAUUCCACCAGAAAUAUUUUCAAAAAACCCAUUCGAAGGUGCUGACGAAAUUGCAGAUAUGUUCAGAUUUUAUUGUAAAUAUGGUAAAAGUAAGCAAAUUCAAGCUGCUAAAGCUGCUUCAAAAACCUCAUCAUCAGGUUCAGCCGGUAGAAAGAAAUGGGGUAAAGGUAGAUCAAAGGACAAGUUAAACAACGCCGUCCUCUUCGAUAAAGAAACCUACGCCAAACUCUUAAAAGAAAUUCCAACCGCCAAAGUCAUCACCACCGCUGUUGUUUCAGAAAGAAUCAAAAUUAACGGUUCACUUGCCCGUAGAGCUAUUAGAGAAUUAUUAUCAAAAGGUCUCAUCAAACAAGUUAUCAGAUCACACGGUAACGGUGUUUACACUAAAACCAACUAA